GUGGCACCUGGGGUGGCCAUUCUGGUUGGGGGCUGGAAACGCCACAGGAGAGGAGCGAGGUGAAAGAUCCGCAUUUCCGUAUUUCUUCGGAAUCUUCCGGAGAAAACACGCAGAUCGCUUAUUUUACGUUGUAAAAACCUGAUUAUUAAAAAGUCAUAUGCGAUCAUUUUUAAAAGUACGACAGUGUCACCCGAUGUGACUACUGUAAGCAGUAGUGUCUUUUUUUUUUUGGCUAGAAAUAUACUUUAUUUAAGAAAGAUGGGGAUGAACGUGGCUGUUUUCAAAGCCUGGAUUAUAUUUUCAUACCUAAUGUUUUUUAUGGGUUUAUAAUCUUUUUGGAAACUAACGUCAUAAGAGCUCCUCCCAUUUCUCGUGAACAAAGAGCCGUUGAAAUUGUAAUCUACUCAGCUUGAGAGCAUGGAGAGAGCAGGGCAGCUGCACUCGUGGACGUUAUUGUUUCUCCACUUAUGCUUGUCUGCAACCGCAGACCUCGUAAACAUCACAGCUGAAACUGGACAGAAUGUCAAUUUGUCAUGCAGAGCCAACAACAACAACCUCGUUACAUUUCUGGAGUGGAGCAAAAAUGGUCUUAGGAAAGGAUAUUUACUUUUGUACCGUGACGAGCGGUUUGAUCUAGAGAACCAGCAUCCAUCGUUUAAGAACCGGGUGGAGCUACAGGACAGACAGAUGAAGGAUGGAGACGUGUCUUUGAUUCUGAAAAAUGUGACGCUUGAUGACCGUGGAAUAUACGAGUGUCGUGUUGAGACAAAAAUAAAUCGCAGGAAGAGAGCGAAUCAGGAUGACGACCCCGUCAUCGUCAUCAGCCUGAAUGUUGUUCCUCCAGGUCAGACAGGAGGACACACAGAGGAUGGAAGGAUGAAAGAACGGGGAAGUGAAAAGACAGGGAGGCAUAGCUCUGUCGGUGUGGCAGUUUCUGCUGUCCUUCUUUUGGGUGGUAUUGUUGUGUUUGUGAUCUACAGAAAACAUAAAACAACACAUAAUCUGGACUCAUACCAGCGUCCUGCUGAACUACAAGCUGUUUAAAAUGUGUCACAUGUUUCUACAACUGAACUGUCAGUGCCCAUGCUGCUGUUCCCACCCCUCAAACCUUAUUUAUUUGUUUUUUUUUCUGUUUUGCAUAUCAGAAGGUAUUUCAGCUCUAUUUGUGGUUCUAUCUCCGCUCUGCCUCGCUACAGGAAGCUGAGACGUGCUAGCUUUAUCUCUGACUGACUGAUGUGAAAGUCCCUAGCAUUACAUUUCCCCUGCAGUGUUGUGAGUCAAAUUUCCAAGAUUACAUUUUAAUAAGAUUACCAAUACUUGCCAAUAUGUUUUUUUAAGCUUUAAAUAGUUUGCCAAGCUCAUGAGUGAAUUAUGGAUGUUACUUCUGUUGAGUUUGUGUUGUUUGAUAUUUACAUUAUGAUUAGUUUAACCAACAUUGGAGAUGCUGAAAGCUUUUAAACAGGAAGCAUUAAAUUGCAUUAACAGGAAGAGAAAACAGGAGUGUUUCUUUUUUUAGCCUUCGUAAUGAUUGUUGAAUAAAUCUGCCUGUAAAUGUAUGAACUGCACUGCAUGGUUUACCCACAUUUAUAACAUCCACCGUCACAUUAAUGAGCAGCCCAGUGUCAGAGCAGUCAGAUUUUAAUGAUAUACAAUGAUACCUAUAAAUAUGUACAAUACACACCUUUUCCUUCACCCUGUGAUUUAUUUUCUUAAAAGAAAGGGAAAAUAACUAGCGAAAGACAGCAAAGAUGAGCUUUUUGAUAACUAUCUUAGUCUAUUGUCUAUUAUCUCAUGCCUCGAGCUGUUUAAUGUCAGUCACUUCUCAUAUGUCGUUCAGUUUCAAACAAUGAAGUUUAUUCAUGCCAUGGAGGUGAUAAAAUAACAUACUGUUCAUAUAAGAAGGGAAACCUGCUGUUAAAGGAACUGAAGUCUUGAAAUACCAUGAUUAUGAGUCCACAGACCAAAUCCUGAGAACAGAGGAGGUGAAGGAGUAGUUAGUUAAAACUGUUCCAGAGAUAUCUGAAUAAAACAGGUCACGUACCUCAAACUGAUUUGAAUUUCAAAUGUAGGCGCAGAGUUUCUGCUCGUCAUCUGUGUGCACUCUCCUCUGUGUUUGCUCUGUUUUAUUUACUCUGUGCUUCAGGAUUCAGUAUCGAGAUGAACACAGAGCAACAAGAACCAAACAAGCUGAACUGAAACUGUUUGGGAUUCUGGAUAAUUCAUUAUUGUAUAACACGUUACUAUAAGUUAUUUCAAUUUUAAAAAGAGAGAGAGUCAUGUGUCGAGUCGAGAAAGAUCGUAGCCAAAAUAAAGAUGCCCAAACAGAUUUGAAUAAAUGGAAAAUAAUCCAUAUUUUACCACAUCAGCAAAUCUAGUUAGCUGAUCAAAAACAAACAAAAAAAGUGUACAGAGAGAGAGAGAGAGAGCAAAGCAAACAGAAACACACGCAGGUGAAACCCUGAGCUGACAAACAGCACUAUGCAGCAACUCAUCAGGGAAAACUGAGGCCUUAAAUACACGUGUGGUAACCAGGGAGAUGGAAACCACCAAGGAACACACCUGAACGAAAUCAGGAAAAACAAGAUGGUAAGCAAAACUAUAUAAAAUGCACAAGGACAAGAGAAGUCGCACAGGGGCUUUCUAAUACAGCGAUGGGGACUUUACAUGAUACCUGGUUAAAAGGAAAACAGGAAAAAAGAAACUCAGGGGAUUAACAAGAAAUGAUAACUAUAGUUACAGAACAUGAAAGAAAACUCAAUCUUACCUGAAAAUAAUUUAUAGUAACUCAAUUAGGAACAAAAGUUAGGAUAUGAAACUCUAAAUAACCAAGAACAGACCAAGUAAAGGUCAAAGCAUCCAAAACGGAAAUGUGAAAACCAAUCACACUGAGCUCACACAUUCAACACAACCACAAAAACACACUUACUACACUAACACGUGAUGUGUGUCUCACCACAUUUUGAGUCUCAAAAAUGCCUUCAAACUCGUGGAGACUGGGAUUCUGGUUCCUAUAAUGGCUGUUGGUCACCACAAGUAUAGUAUUUUUGGUCCCUACAAAGAUGUUAACACCCACACACAGAUCUCAACAUGAUAAACUCGUUUUAAAAAAUUAAACUCACAAAAGAAAUGUCAGGGUUACAAUUAAGUUAUGGUUAGGUUUAGGGUAAGUGUCAGGGUUAGGCUUUCAUUUCUUGAUGGUUAGGGUUAGGUAAGCGACUAAGGAAAGCAUUAUGUCAAUGAGAUGUCCCCACAAGGAAAUAAAUAAACACGUGUGACUAUGAGAAACAUUGCUGUAGAGUUUUCUAUGUUAAAUAUGUAGAAAAAAAGUGACUCAGAUGCAACAAAUGAGUUCAGUACAAGUGAAACGGCUGGAGCUUUCAGGCCCUCUGGAAGAUCUUAUAAACAGGACAGACUCUCAUUUAUGUGUUUCUAGCACAUAUUUAUUAUCCACUUUUCACAGACGUCUCUAUGCGCAACAUCCAUGGUGCACAGAGACGUCUGAACAUUUUUAAUUGUUAUUUGUUUUAAUUUAUUAUUUAAUUAUUGUUAAAAGCAUUCUUCGAUAUGUAAGCCUGCAAUAUUGUGGGCAAAAUCUUUAACACCAGCUCUAAUUUAGACCCUCCCUUUGCCAAAAAAAAAAGUUGUACUGUAUUGUAUCGUCCCCAGUACAAUCGUAAACAUUUUAUUGGGCACUGCCAUGUUUUGUGGACAGUGUGGGCCCAGUUGUUUCCUGUUUUUCAGAUGAACACUGAGGGUUUUCCCACAAUGACUCUGCACGAGUCCCAGUCAGGCAUGUUUGCUGGGAAACUCUCCUAAUGUUUAUGUCGUUGUUAUCUGAACUUAGCUGUACAGUAAGGCUGCUUGUGGAAUUAAAUCAUUAAAAGAUUCAUAAAAACACAAAGAUGCUUCAUUUCCAGCUGUGAUGGAGUUUAAUUCAUUAAUGAGAAUUUAAAAUGAAUGCUGCAGUGUAUCCUCUGCUAAAGGAGGUAAUGGAGGAAUCACUGCACCUGUUUCUUAAGCGCUUGGAGAAUCCAAACAAGUGUUCAUGUAUGGAUAUUACACAUAACAUGGUCUGAUAUGUGUGUAUGCUGUAUGUGCAUUUUUUUCCAAAAGUUUAUCUUUCUGUCUUUGUCAUGUAAUGCUCUGUAUUUAAUAAAGUAAAUAUUAUGAUUCAGACAGCA